CAGAGAUGCAGCUUAUGGCCAGGCGUAACAUUACAGUGCCAAUGUGAUUCCCUGCCUCCGCUACCAACCAGAUCCACAUCAGUCAGUCCUUUUUAAUGAAAUGUCUCAGGGAUUUGCCGUUUCCCUCUGAUCUUGGAAAUACAGAAGUCUUAUUUCUAAUCUCCCUGAAGGUUAUUCCCACACUGAGCAGCCUCCUCUCCCCACAGGGACUUUUGCAGACCUUUCUGGGGCCCAGAAGCCAGAGAGUAGAAAUUGCAAAGGCGCCUGCAAGAGCUGAUAGCCGGGCACUGAAGUAAACAAAUAGCAGAAGUGACAGACAGACUAGUUUCUUUCACCUUUGCUGACAAGAGAGGAAGAGAAAGCAGUCCAUAAACAGACCUGGUGACAAGAGAAAGGCUGAAAAGAAGGUGAGAGGGUACAGGAGGAGGAUGGGUUUCCACAACACUGCAGAGGAACCUGAUGGAGAGGUGCAGCAUAACACAAGCUCCUUCCAUGACCACAAGGACGACCUCCGUAAGCGCCUGUCCUACACCACCCACAAACUAGAGAUGGUGGAGACGGAGUUUGAUUCCACCCGGCAGUACCUGGAGACGGAGCUGCGGCGUGCCCAGGAGGAGCUUGAGAAGUUUACAGAGAAACUUCGUAGGAUCCAGAGCAGCUAUGCAGCUCUUCAGAGGAUCAACCAGGAUUUAGAGGACAAGAUGCACAGGACGUCCCACCACCAUGAAGAGGAAAAGAGAGCCCUCAGCCGGGAAAUCAUCGUUCUCAACAACCACCUCAUGGAAGCAAAGAUCACCAUUAAUAAACUCAGAGAGGACAAUGACCUGUACAGGAAAGACUGCAACCUGGCAGCCCAGCUGCUGCAGUGCUCCAAGUCUCACUACAGAGCACACAAGAUGUCUGAGCUUCCGCUGGACUUUCAGGAACGUAUCAGCACCCACAUGGAGAAACAUAAUCGGGGUACCAUGGCGGUUUCCCACUCCAAUUACUCUGAUGCCGUGCCAACAGCCAUAAUUGCCAAGGUCCUGGAAAAGCCUGAACCAGGAAACAGUUGCCCCGUAACACGCUCUCCAAGCCCACAACCCCAGGAUGGAGAAUUUCUCACAGGUACAGGCAGCACUGAUCACUUGAACCGCCGCAUUGCGUAUAAGACGUCUGACCUGUACUGCAGCGAUACAGCCCUCUACUGCCCUGAAAGAUGGCAAGACACAGAGCGAAGGCAGAGCGUUGACCUCCAUGGCACAAGCCUGCUCCAGCUUCACGCCCAGAAUUCCACAGACAGCAACCCAGAAGAAGAGGCCUACCACUCUGGAAGCUUCUCCCACCAUGAGCCUCCAUCCUCCUUCCACCAUCAUGAUGACUUUGGCACUGGUAGCCUCCCUGCCUCCAGUACCUACUCUAGCUUUAGCCUUGCAUCAGAUGACAAGGGAGGAAUUAGUGGCGGUUGUGGGCCCACUGCCAGCAGCACCUUGUCCUCUUCCCACCAGGGUCUCUAUAUGGAGUGGCGAGACGGCAGCAGUGGGGACUAUGGCCACAAAAGCACAUCCUCUUAUGAAAAAGACAGCCCAAGCUUUCCCAAGUCCCUCAGCAUCCAGCACAUGGUGACCUCCAGGAGCCCACAGAAAGGCACCUCACCAGCAUACACAAGGACGGCUUCAUGCUUCAGUGAACCGUACCAUUCCAGCACGCCACGCCUGGCUUCCUCUCACAGCAUGGGGUCCACAACUGGACUUGGCCAGGCUCGAGGAGGAACUCUGGACAGUCAAGGUGACGUCCAGGUCCCUGAGGAUGACUUAAGCAGCCGCUGGAGACAGCUCAGCGUGGAAGACAUCAACACAUUCUCUUACCGUAACAUGACAGGUCGGGCCUCUCCUUACAGUUUCUCUGAGCGCCACUUUGCAAUGGGCCCGUCAAGUAAGGUCAAAGGAAACCUCUACAGCAGCUUCCAGGAAGGAGACAACGUCUUCCAAAGUCGUGUGUUGGACCAGUGUUUUGAUUUGGGUUCCCCUUCACCCAGCCGCAGUUCAAAACCGAUGGAGCAUCGCAAGCAGGAGAAAACAUCCAUGCUGUACAGAGCUAAGGAUGACAGUCAAGACUCGGAGUGCAGUCUGUUCCUCUCAGGGAGCUCAAAAGAGAAGGACAGCAGUGUGGGAGCAACGGCGGCAAGCAGUGCCAAGAAGGACUACGUGAAUCUGAGUGCAGAGAGUUCACCCGAGUCCCUACGCCAAAGCUCCCUUGAGGCCUCAAGUCUUCAACACUACCCCAGCCCCAGGCCGAGCGUCCGGCCUCGCCCAAGCUCCAGCUCUGCUGUCAGUGUCGGCCCCGCGCUCCCAAAGAAGACCUCUCCAAGAUACCAAAAAUUUGGCAGCACGGGACUGACGAGGAAGGACAGUUUGACCAAGGCGCAGCUAUAUGGUACACUGCUGAACUAAAUGGCAAAAGCAAGCUUUUUAAUUUAUGCAUGAUGAUGAUGAUGAUUCCUAACUUACUGUACUGUACUGUACUGUACUGUACUGUACUGUACUGUACUGUACUGUACUGUACUGUAUGUCUCAAACGUUUCCUGCAGCGAAUACAUACAUGGUGUGAUGGGGUAUUACAAACUUGUUGUUUUAUGUAUCUCUUUGCCAAGGCACGUUUCAUGCAGUCUGCAUCACUUUUUAUAUAAUGUAUGUCAUGCAAAGAUGUAGCUGUACCUGAGCAGCUACUCAGUAUGUUUUUGUUUUGAGGAUAAUGAUUAUUUAAAGCCACCAAGAUUAAACCAGUCUUUAAGAAGCACGACACAGCCCCAGCUACAUUAACUCACUGUGCUUUUUGCUCUUCUUUUGGUUUCAAGUACAGUUAGUAAACCAUCAGAAGACCAUUAAGUCCUGCACUCAUAUAUACCGUAAAGAUAAUGGAACAAAGCGUGUGCAUUGGGACGACUUAAUUACACGUUUGGGAGAGAGUUUAAUCGUUAUGUAUAAUGGACCCUGCUGACUGCAAACUGUUAAAAAGACUUAUUUAUUUAUCCUCUAUUUUCUCUUAACAACAUGCAUGCUGUUUAAUGCAUAGAAAUAAGAUGUAAAAAUACAUUUGCAGCUAAAU